AUGGCUGCACGCCAAAUUUUGAGACGCGAUACAAUGGCGGCAAAGACGCCCUCCAGCUCUCUCCGACAUGUUUGGUUACGUCGGCCCAUCCAAUACGAUAUCGCCACAAGCAUCCAGAACCAUGUGGCGGCCCAACAUUUAGACUACAAGGCAUCACUGUCUUCCUCGGCGCCUCUCCAAAACCCAUCCCAACCACCAUUACCGACUAUCCUCACUUUUACCACCUCACCCGUCUAUACACUCGGCCGUAGAGACUCACUUGCAUCGCUGCCCAAAUCAACCGUCGAAGCUCUCAUAUCGCCAAUGCCAGGAAUACCUGGAGAUAAGCGAAGAUCUAAUACAUGCCGAGCCUUCAUCCACGAAGCACAGCGUGGUGGCCAGACUACCUUCCACGGACCGGGUCAGCUCUUAAUCUGGCCUAUAAUUGAUCUCAAGGCGGCGUGGCCUGGAUGUGGACCAAUGGAUGUGCGGAGCUACGUACGCCUGCUAGAGAACUGCACAAUUCGCAGUUUGUCUCAUUUCGGCUGCCAGAGCAGACAGACCAGACAUCCAGGUAUCUGGGAAUGUACGGGUCAAAAGAAGAUUGCCGCCCUCGGCGUUCAUCUCCGCCGCAAUAUCAGUAGCUAUGGCGUCGCAUGUAACUUAAGUACGGAUCUCCGAUUUUAUGACCGAAUCGUGGCAUGUGGCCUCAAGGGUAAAGGAACUACGAGCGUGAAUGAAGUAACAGGCAAAAAUAUAGAUCCGGCCAAGUUUGCCAACGUAUGGGUCUCUCAAAUGGCCAGCCUACUGUAUGGACAGUGCCUUGACUCUGCAUCAACACCUGCAGAGCCGCGGGUACAGAAUAGCGACGUGGAAGAGCUGGGCCUCCCGCCUGAGAUAACGCGAAUGAUCUGGUAUAUGAAUGUGCCCCGGUCUGUAGUUAAAUGGACGCGGAAGAUUAAAAAAGUUGACCUCAGCGAUAUGAACAUAAGAUCAGAGAUGCCGGUAAAAUGCGAAAAAAAUGACAGUGGGAACGAGCUGUUGAAAGACCUGCUUGAAAUGAACGAUCAGAAUGAAGCCAUAUCUCGCCCAAGCUUUCGUAAAUGCGCUGGUAUUGGACGUUGGAGCCCACCUAUCGGUCCGAAAGGCUCCCUGUCGGUAGUACGAAAAAUUAUUCGUUGA